AUGGCCGUGACCUGGCACCGUCUGCCUCUCAGCGGGUGGGUGGCACCCUGUCCCCACCCAGAGGACACCAGGCCUGGCUGCCAGCAUUUUGCCCAUCCAUGCAAGCAUCGCCUUUCUAGGAGAAAACCUAAUACCAGGACCUGGGCCACCCCUAGCUCAGGGGUAGGGACGUGUCCUGGUGACCCGAAUAAAGGAAUAGGUCCAGGGUUUACAGAGGAAUUCCCCCUACCGCCUCUUAUUCUCCACCGUUUUUUUCCCCUCCCCACCAUUUUCUUCCCGUUUCCAUCUCCCCACCUUCUCGCAGCAGCGACUUCCUGCCGCGCUUUUCUCUCCCCGCACCCUCUUCUCCCCGCUUCCUCUCCCCACCGCCUUCUCCCCCUAUCAUCAUCUCGCCCACUCCCUUCUCCGAGCUCUCCCACUGCCUUUCACUUAGAAGCCCUCCACGCGUGCGCGCGCCUGUGUCCCUGCGCCCGUUGUGUCUCUGCGCCCAGGCAGCCCCUGAGCUGGGCCCCUGAGCUCCGCCCCAGCAGCCAGCUGGAGACCCCGGAGAGUCGCUGCUGUGCCACCGCGGCUGCCGCCGCCGCCGCCACCUCAGAACUGAACAGUGUUGGCUGCGGGCGGAAGUCAGUGGGGCCCAGAAGACUGCGGGGAGAAGGGGAGGAGGGUAUGGAGAAGGAAGGUUGUGGGAACAUACAGAGACCUACAGGGAAGAUGGCCAUGAGACAAGGGAGGCAGAGUCUGGAGUUAUGCUGCCUACAGUCACGGAAUGCCAAGGAGAGCUGGAAACUACCAGAAGCUAAGAAGGAGAUUUUACCUGAAAGCCUCCCAAAGAAAUCAAUCAUAAUCACACCUCCCUUUUGAAUUUCUGGCCUCGUGAACUGUGAAAAAAUAAAUUUGUAUCGUCUUAAGCGCCGCGGUUUGUGGUCAUUUGUUCUGUUCCUAGCCUUAGGAAACUAACACAGCAUGCUAAGGGAAAAGAA